AUGAAGUUUCAGCCGUUGUACUUUGGCUCCCUAGAUGCUAGGACCAUUCAGUACAAGUAUGCAAUCUACAAACUCCAAAGACUUGUUCAGGCCAUAAGUGAGCUUCUUAACCGUGUGGAAACGUCCAGUGGAGAGAUUGAGCAUGUUGUCUUAGUUCACUACAUCGUGCACUUGUCCAGCACGCUCUUUGCAAUUAAUGAGCAGAAGUUUGGGCCGAGGCUCGCGGCGCUAGAGAACUUCAAGCCGGUGAAAACCACCGCCAUAGCUAUAUCACCCACUGUGACCCAUGUGCCUUACGACUUCAAGGACGUGGAGGUGACGCCAUUAUCAGAGAUGCCACUGCCUGACUCAACAAUACAAGCGUUGAAAAGCUUGCGUUAUACCGCUGAGAAUUGCUUGGAGGGUUAUCGGAAACGGUUGACAAAUGCUGAAGGAGAGAUAGGCAAUGAAAACUUCUGUGACGACCUUGACAAGUUGAUAGCGUCGAUGAUGAAUCCUGCUGUUGAUAUCGACAUCUCUCUUCAAUUAGCGGAGAUGCCUAUACCUGCUUUUAAUUUUCCUUUAGAUAAAGAAUACAGCGAGAGCUCAGAUGGUAUGGAGGCUCUGCUCAUAGAUAUGGACCUUCACGUCUUGUUUGUUCUCACAAAGCUGAUUCUGCUGAUCAUAAAGAGUCAUAAAGUGCCACAGAAUAAGUUUAAAGAGCUAAAAGCGGCGUCCAAACAAAAUCAAGAGGCUCUUCUUAGAGCCAUGCCACAGUCUGGGUACGCACUUCAUAGAGUGUUAGUGUGGGCCCUUCGACUCAAUGAUUUGUACUCAAUUGUUCGUCGGUUUGGUCGUCAAAUUUACCUUUCCAAUUAUCAGCACUUGCAUGACCCCAAGUUCCUUUCACACAUGCCUAACGUGAACGCAUUUAAGACCCAAAUCUUGAAAAGCGUAGAUGAGCUAUUCACAACGGCUAAGAAGAAUGGUGUGCUAGUUGCAACUAUAACGAGAUUUAUUCGUCUAAGUACAAGGGUAGAAAUAACAGUCAAGCUAAUUAUUGAGUUUUUUGGUUUUAUCGGCCAGAGCUUCACGUUGGUUGAAAAUCUUGCAAAAGCACUUGACAGCUUGGGAAAAUCGUGGCUAGCAUGCGAACUCAAUUUCAGGGUUGCUUACGGGCUACCCAAAAAGAACCUUUCAUUAAUAAAUGAUUAUCUUGAGAGGGAGAAAUUGGAGUUGUUGAGAAAACAGAACGAGAAAAACCUCAAGGACCUUGCUUUGCAAAAGGAAAGAGCAAAUCUGGCAGCAGUUUCGCCUCCACCGAAGCAAAAGGCUACGGAACGUAUGAAAAACUUAAUGGCCCAAGCGGAAAGGCAAGAGUCUGCCAAGCCUGAGCUGUCAAAGUCUCAACCUCCUCGGCCUGCACUGCCAUUGAAGAACUUACGUACCAAAACUUCUAGCCCGGUACUAAGACCAGCACACAGUGCCACUAGAGCAUCGUCUCUAAACAGUGCUAACAUACCGAACGUUAGAGCUUUUAAUGGUACUGUUGGGAAGAGACCCUCGAGCCAAUUAUUUGAGACAGCGUCUAUCAAUUCGGUGGACUGUGCUACGCAAGGCUCCGGUGACACGGUCGACAAAAAUGCUGCGGUGAACACCACAGCUUCUGGUAGAAGGAGAUCGAACUCUCUGCCAAUAUCUUUCAACGCGGCAGCGGCAGCAUUGGCUACGAAUCAUAAUCAAGCGGACGUGAGCAAGGAAUCCAAGACCAGCCUUCGAUCACCUACCGGAAGCAUUCGCAGGGCAGCAAACUUCUCUCGACAGAGCAAUGCUCCUAAUGUCACUUCACCGCUUGCAUCAAAAACGGUGAAAUUGACGACACUUGAAGAAUCAUCAGAGCCAGAGUCUGCUGUUCAAAAGUUAACAGCUCAACAGAAGUUUGCGCUUCAUCUUAAGGAGGCAAGCAAGAACGGUCUUAUUCACUCACAACAAAGGGAAUCGCUUAGUAGUGUCGUCUUUGAUCCGAACAAUCCAAGCGCUACGAAGAUUUACAGGCCAGCUGAAACAACUAAAAGCCCGCCACUUGCCAAUGAUAGUGCCCCUCGUGAUGAUGGGGCCCCAACAAGAGCGCAAGUCACCAAACAGAAUACACAGAGGAAUAGCAUGGUCAUCAAAGACUCUGCUAUGCUUGAAGUGAAGCCUCGGGAAAGUGCCGAGUCUACCACCUCUACUCCUAACACGGUACUCUCUAAUACCCCUACAAGGGACUCGGCGUCGAGCGCUGAGGGCGGAGUUGUUAUUAAGAAAGUUCGUUUUACAGGAGUCCCUGAGUACUCUCCUGAGGAAGAUGCACCCACCCGCUAUUCUCGUAAACUCAUGAAGAAUUUUGCAAUAUUCAAGCAGCCGCUCAUGUCCAGUCGCCAUUCCCUGCUCAAGAGCAAGGACAGCAUGUUAAAGAAGGAAGAAAGUUUUCUUUUAAAGCAACAGCAGGCUAGCCCAAGAUAG